CCUACCACCGCCAACGUUAGCCGGUGUCAUUCACGGCAUCGCCUGGCAUCGUGUUUGUGUCACUCCGUGUUACUUUAUGGUUGUCCAGUCAACAAGAAACACGUGCAUUGUAUUUCUAAUCUAAUCUGUCCUGGAUUAUUUUCUCGCUAUCCCUAGCUAGAUACCAUUAGCGGGGGGCUAGUUUUCGGCUAUCGUGGUUUAUAACGAGAGGAUUUUAACAUUUUAUCGGCACGGUUUUCACGACCCCGUAGGUUAUUACGGCUAAGAUUUUAGCUAGCAGUUGCACGGCUCUGGCCCUGCCACAUCAGACAUGCUAAUUAGCCGCCUAGCCGUGUGAGGAUUCUACCGUUGGGCUAAACGGGUUGUCGCCGUCGAGCUAACCAGGCGGCGUUAGCGUUGCCACAACAAUGGACGACUCUGGUAUAAAGAAGCAGAACUGGGACGUGAAGGAGACGGAGUUAUUUCUCGAAAUUCUCAAGGAGCUGGACAUGAAGAAAUGUUUAGACGGGAGGAAAGUGAGGAAUAACAAACUAUUUAAGGUGGCGCACAGGAGAAUGACAGCGGCCGGCUAUCACAGAUCCGUGGACCAGUUGAAGUUUCGCUGGAAACUUCUCAAAAGUGCGUACUACAAGUGCAAGAGGGAGCCGCACUCCCCGGCCCCGACUAAAAUACAGGGCUGGUGGCGGUAUGAAAAGACAAUGAUCGCUAUCAUGGAGUCCAGACACCCUUUGGUCGGAGCUGGGGUGAUGAACUCUGACAGGAAUGAUGAAGUGACUGAAGACUCGGAUGGAGAGGCAUCGAUACUGCACUGGCCGCAGCCCUGCCCGGACAAUACCACUCAGAACCUGGAUUUAAUUAUCAAAAUGGACCCUGAGAUGGACACACAGCUGAAAAUUGGUUUCAUUGGUGCAGGGAACAUGGCCUUCGGCAUUGCAAAGGGCAUCUUGUCCGGAAAUGUUCUUCCUGUAAACGUCAGUGUGAGCGCGCCAUCCUCCAGAAACCUGGGACGCUUUCAGGAGCUGGGGAUUGCCGUCACUCACUCCAACAUCGAGGUGGUGUGUGGUUCAGAUGUGGUCUUUGUGGCAGUCAAACCUCACUUGAUUCCACUCGUUCUCAAUGAGAUCUCUCAGCACGUCACUGACAGACACACAGUUGUGUCUGUUGCAGCAGGAGUGACACUGGCAACGUUGGAGGAGCUCCUUCCUGAGAAUUCAGUCGUCAUCCGGCUGAUGCCAAAUCUGCCGUGUAUGGUUCAGGAAGGGGCUCUACUGUUUGCACGGGGAACCCAUGCGAAACCGGACGACGGAGCUCUGCUUCGCUCCUUGUUGCAUCGUUGUGGUUUGGUGGAGGAGGGACCUGAGACCUGGAUUGACAUCCAUACUGGAUUGAGCGGGAGUGGAGUCGCUUUUGUGUAUCUGUUUGCUGAGGCGCUGGCAGAAGGAGCUGUGAAGAUGGGCAUGCCCAGUGCUCUGGCCCAAAGCAUCGCAUCUCAGACUGUUCUGGGUGCUGGGAGAUUGUUACGUGACUCUGGGAAGCAUCCAGCUCAGCUUCGCUCUGACGUCUGCACCCCAGGUGGAACAACCAUUUACGGGCUUCACACCCUGGAACAAGGCGGUAUGAGGGCAACAACAAUGAGCGCUGUGGAAUCAGCCACGGAGCGAGCCAGGGAGCUCGGCCGAAAGUCAGCAGCGGGAAGCAGAAAGUGACGGCUGCUGGUUGCCUUUUAAUAGCUGCUCAUCAGACUUAAGUGAAGCCUAACAACAAAUGGACCUUUUUUGGCUCAACCUCAUCGUGGAACACUGAGACAAAACAGGACUUUUUAUUUCUGCUUCUCCCUCAUUUCCCACUAAACAAGUGCAUUUCAUACUUCUCUUCUUUUUUUGCCUCUGACUGGAAGGAUUUGUUGUGAGCAAAAAGUAAUAUUGGCUUAAUCUUAACAAUGACAUUGACAAGUAAAUGAUUUACUCAUGACCCUGUGAUCUGAGAGAAUGGCUACUUUUACAUGCACAGCAAUAAUUCAUUUUUUGGAUUGUGGCAGUAAUGCAAGAAAGUUGGUACCCAAAUUUGAUUAUGUCCACAGUUGUGAUAUUAUAUUCACAAUGAAAUCAUUUUAAUCAAGUUUUAUUGAAGGCCAUGUUAGGCUAAGUGUUCAAACACAGAAGGAACCUUAUGUAACGUGGAGAGGGACUUAAGUAGCAUCAAUCAGUCCAACAAAAUGACUUGUAUACACUUCAAAUUUGAGAAUGGAAGUUAAAUGUGUGGAUGUAUUUGAUCAUAUUAAAAUAUAGUAUUUAACAUUUGGCCAAAUGAAGCAUAAAACUUUAAAUCUGGAAUUCAUUUAAGAGUGAUCGUGGUUGUGCAGCUGCAUUCCAGUGAUAGUUUUUGUCCCAAGUGUCGCUUCCAUAGUUGCUGGGUUUUUGUGGCACAAUGUGUAGAAAAAUAUUUAUGAUCUACAAUUCCAAGUGUGUAGAAUCGACUUUCAUAAAGUGUACUGUGAACUGGA